UUUUUUUCACGGCAGUAAUGGCGGACUGUUACUAUGGUUACAUGCGUGCGUUGUCAGGCAGGGAACCGAUAUGCUUUCAGAGCUAGCUUUUCUAGGUUAUUGAGCUAAUAAUAGAAGCAGACUGACGGUAAAGACUCACCCAGCACCGGCGCUCAAUCCAGGUAACUUGAAGCUCCAGGGGUUGAUCCCAGGGCAGACGGAUCAUGUCCGGAGAUCUGGUCGGGGUUUGGGAUGUGGCCCUGAGCGAUGGGGUUCACAGGAUCGAGUUCGAACACGGGACCACCACGGGGAAACGCGUCAUCCAUGUUGAUGGAAAGGAAGUCCUGAGGAGAGACUGGAUGUUCAAGCUGGUGGGCAAGGAGACGUUUUACGUCGGAAGCGCCGACACCAAAGCCACAAUCAACAUCGAUGCAGUGAGUGGGUUCGCCUACGAGUACACGCUAGAGAUCAACGGCAAGAGCCUGAAGAAGUACAUGGAGAACCGUUCAAAGGUGACGAGCACGUGGCUGCUCAACCUGGAUGGCGUAGACUGCAGAGUCGUCCUGGAAAAAGACACAAUGGACAUUUGGUGCAACGGGCAGAAAAUGGAGACAGCCGGGGAGUUUGUGGACGAUGGCACCGAGACGCACUUCACUCUGGGCGACCACGACUGCUGCAUCAAGGCGGUGAGCAGCGGCAGGAGGCGAGACGGCAUCAUCCACACGCUCCUGGUGGACGGCAACGAAAUGGCAGAGUCCAACGAAUGAUCUGUCCGUCUGUCGUUCCGGUGACAUCGUUGUUAUUUCGACCUUCGUGUUCUUCACUACGCUGGCGGUCCUACUGACUCAGGCCGGGCCUUUAGAAAGCAAUACAGGCUUAGUUCAAACUAGCAGCACAUUCCCAGCGGCACUACGAAUAAACAAAAGCUAUCAGUAGGAGCACAAAAGCAGUUUCCUGUUUGCCGAGCUUACACCUGGAGGGAGGUUCUCAUUUACACGUUUUUGGUCAAAAGUUUGUCGACACACAAAAGCACACACUCGUUCAGAGUGGAAGAACUCGAGUGUCCUUCAGCGUUCCAUGAUUGAUGAACUCCUCACAAUAAUACCAGUAUCUGAUCUCAGUAAUGCUCUUGUAAAUGAACAAACACAAAUCCCCACAACAAUCCGAGAUGUGACGGUCAAGUGUCCACAAACUUUUGCCAUUAUAGUGUAGGUGUGUGUCAUUAUGGUAUGAAACCAUGGCUAUUUGCCAAUCGUGGAGCCAAAUUAUGACCUAUUAGAUCAUGUAUGAUGCCAGGCUAACAUUUCAUUCGUAUUUUUAUAAUGUACGGUAGAUCGUGAUUUAUUAAUUUAUUAAUUUUUUCUACGAGUCACGAUUCUUCAGCGGUGAAACACGGAGAAAAACUGAGGAGAAGAAAGCUGCAUGGUCCGACUUUUUUUUCCGUUUUAACAGUAAUGGAGCUGCUACAGUCACGGCUGAAUUGACCUUCAUGUGUCGUGGCUUUAUUUUCUUAGAUGUUUCGGAACCAAAUAUGAAAUAGUUUACACGUUAGAACAUUCCUUGAAGAUUCGAUCAUCUCGAAUGGCAGCGACGUUCCUGUGGAAGUGCCCUUGGUGUAGCCACAGAGUAUUUACACACUCGUAUUUUAUUUCCAAAUUCAGUGUUUUGCAGAUUCUCCUGUUCUUCAUAAAAUGUUUCUAUUCAAAUAGCAGAUUGUAAGUGCCUACCUAUCUCCAGUACUAUAAAGGGAUCGUAAAAAUAUAUAAAUAUAUAUAUAUUAAAUAAAGGAAAAAAAGUUUCUGAUUUCUUACAGAACUACACUUCAGUCCCUUCAUCAUUGUAUUCCUAUAUUAAAAGGUAUGUACAGCAAUGUUGUGGCUCAACAAUGCUGCUUCGGUGUUUGUGUUACAAAUUAAACCCGUCUCCAGAA